CACUACAAGACCAGCUCAGAACCAUGUCUACCAAAGUUGCCGUGGUGACAGGCAGUAACAAGGGCAUUGGCCUGGCCAUCGUCCGAGCGCUCUGCAAGCAGUAUCAAGGAGACGUUUACCUCACCGCCAGAGAUGUCGGUCGUGGUCAGGAAGCAGUGAAGUCUCUGGGCGAGGAGGGACUGAAGCCCAUGUUUCACCAGCUGGACAUCAACGACGUGAACAGCAUUACCACGGCUGCUGCGUACUUUAAAGAGAAGUACGGAGGAGUGGAUGUCCUCAUCAAUAACGCUGGGAUUGCAUUCAAAGUGGCAGACACGGCUCCGUUUGAUGUCCAGGCAGAGGUGACCCUCAAGACAAACUUCUUUGCCACCAGAGACAUGUUGACUCACUUCCUGCCGCUCAUCAAAGCCGGAGGUCGGGUGGUGAACGUCUCCAGCUUUGUCGGCUCCCGUACUUUGAACCAGUGCUCCCCGGCUCUCCAGCAGCGUUUCCGCAGCGAGGACAUCACAGAGGAGGAGCUGGUGGGACUGAUGCAGCAGUUUGUUGACCAGACCAAGAAGGGCGAGCACAAGAAGGGUGGCUGGCCUGAUACAGCGUAUGGCACAUCUAAGACUGGAGUGACGACCCUGUCCAUGAUCCUGGCUCGUCGUCUGUCCAAGGAGAGGCCAAAUGACGGGAUCUUGCUGAACGCCUGCUGUCCAGGUUGGGUGCGCACCGACAUGGCCGGUCCCAAAGCCUCCAAGUCACCAGAUGAGGGUGCUAUCACUCCAGUCUACCUGGCACUGCUGCCACCCGGAGCCACAGAGCCUCACGGAAAAUUUGUCUCUGAUAAAGUAGUUCAGGAGUGGUGAAAGGGUGAAAAGGACCUGCGUGUGUGUGUGUGUGUGCACGCGUGUGUGUUUGUGUGUAUGUGUGUGUGUGUGUGUAUGAGAGUAGAUGAAAGAGUGUCAGCAUUUUCACUUCUGCUCUAAAUUGCCAAAAACUUCCAUACAAAAUUGAUUUGUUAUCCAAAAAGAAACAUAGUCCACUAUUUGAAAGAUUUGACGCAAGCAUCACACCGUCUGGAAAAACUAUUUCAUUUAAAGUGUAAAAGGAACACAGAGUUCAGCAGUUUAACCAAAUGUUGACGGACAUAGUACCAAAAUAACUUGUAUUUCAGGGGACACUGAUGUAUGUGAUGUGUGUGUGUGUGUGUGUGUGUUUAUUGGGUUUACAUGCAGCAAUAAUCAAUUUGUGUAAGUGCCAGCUAAUUCCUGGUGUUUUGAUAACAUUCCAAUUCAUCACUUUGCCUUUGUUAGAAUAAACAUUUUUAUAUUUUGUACAUGCACAAAGGAAAACUUGCCUUAACUGAAUGAAAUUGAUUAAAUGUGAAAUCAAAGAAAAUAAAAUGCUUUUCUGACAAAUGCC